AUGGCGUACGACUCGACAAUCACGUUCACGCUCGACACCAUCUGUCCAUGGACCUAUCUCGCGCUGCGCCGCCUCCUCCAGGCGCUGCACACAUACCGGACAGCAAACCCAGAUGCGCCCGCAACAUUUCACCUCCGGUUCGCGCCCUACCAGCUCUACCCAGAGCACUCGUCGACGGGCGAGGACAAGCACGCGUGGUACAUGCACAAGCGGUACCAGGGCAGCGAGGCGCUGAUGCACAAGUACGAGACGCUGAUGCGCAUGUACGGCGCGUCGGUGGCGCCGCCGAUCGCGUUCCGGUUCGGCGGGGUGAUUGCGAAUACGCUGCCUGCGCACCGGUGUAUUUACUAUGUUCAGGACGUGCUGCGGCUCGGGGAGGACAGGACGCUUGCGUUGGUGGAGGCGCUGUAUCGGGCGUAUUUUGAGGAGGAGAGGCAUCCGGGUAGUGUGGAGACGCUGGUGGGGUGUUUGGGGGAGGUUGGGGUUGGGGAGGGGGAGGCGAGGGCGUUUGUGGAGGGGGAGGAGGGCGAGGAGGAGGUUAGGGGGUUGGUGAGGGGGAUGGGGAGGGAUGGGGUGGAUAGUGUGCCGCAUGUUGUUGUUGAGGGGAGGAGGAGGGAUUUUACGGAGACGGGGGCGAAGGAGGUGGAGGCGUAUGUGACGGUGCUGGAGAAGGUUGCGAAGGAGUGUAAGUGA